AUGAAGAAUGACUCCUGGUCUUCUAUGUUCAGAGAAAUCUGUGAAUUCCAUGGUAUCAAAGAUCAACACAGCAGCCAGGGGAAGCAUGUGAGAAGGAAAGCCUUUAGUUCUUCCUCAUUUCUGAGUAAGCAUUUAAAGUUUCACAGUGUAAAGAGGUCUUAUGAAUGUAAGGAAUGUGAGAAAUCCUUUAGUUGUUCCUCAUCCCUCAGGAAACAUAUAAGAAGUCACAGUGGAGAGAAGCCUUAUAAAUGUAAGGAAUGUGGGAAAGCAUUUACUAGGUCCUCAAGCCUGACUACACAUAUAAGAACUCACAGUGGAGAGAGGCCUUAUAAAUGUAAGGAAUGUGGGAAAGCAUUUUUUUAUUCCUCAUCUUUCACUACACAUAUGAGAAUUCACAGCGGAGAGAAGCCUUAUGAAUGUAAGGAAUGUGGGAAGUCAUUUUGUGAUAUCUCACCCCUCAAUAGACAUAUAAGAACUCACAAAGGAGAGAGGCCUUAUGAAUGUAAGGAAUGUUGGAAAGCAUUUAGCCGGUCAUCACACCUUAUUAGCCAUAUAAGAACUCACAGAGGAGAGAGGCCUUAUGAAUGUAAGGAAUGUUGGAAAGCCUUUAGUUGGCCCUCGGCCCUCACUAGACAUAUAAGAACUCACAGUGGAGAGAGGCCUUAUGAAUGUAAGGAAUGUGGGAAAGCCUUUAGUCAGUCCUCAUCCCUCAGUAAACAUGUAAGAAUUCACAGUGGAGAAAAGCCUUAUGAAUGUAAGGAAUGUGGGAAAGUUUUUAGUUGUUCCUCAUCCCUGACUAAACACACAAGAACUCACAGAGGAGAAAGACCUUAUGAAUGUACAGAAUGUAAGAAAACCUUUAGUUGGCCCUCAGCCCUCACUAGACAUGUAAGAACUCACAGUGGAGAGAAGCCUUAUGAAUGUAAGGAAUGUUUGAAAGCUUUUAGCCAGGCCUCUUCUCUCACUGAACAUAUCAAAACUCACCGUGGGGAGUGGCCUUGUAAUUGUAAGGAAUGUGGGAAAUAUUUUCAUGAUUUUUCAAGUCUUAGGACACAUAGAAGAGUGCAUAGUGGAGAGAGGCAUUAGGAGUGUAAAGAUUAA